ACUACAAAAACCCUCGACCCGUCGCCUCCCCACCCCUACUCGCGCCGCCGUUGCAGCUCUCCGCGAACCCUAGCCUCCUCCCUCUCCUCCGCGGCGGCUUCGAGCUUCCCUCAGCCAUGACGUUCAAGCGGAGGAAUGGCGGGCGCAACAAGCACGGGCGCGGCCACGUCAAGUACAUCCGCUGCUCUAACUGCGCCAAGUGCUGCCCCAAGGACAAGGCUAUCAAGCGGUUCUUGGUGAGGAACAUUGUUGAGCAGGCUGCUGUGAGAGAUGUGCAAGAGGCUUGUGUGCAUGAUGGAUAUGUUCUUCCGAAGCUGUAUGCAAAGGUGCAUCACUGUGUCUCUUGUGCAAUCCAUGCUCACAUUGUACGAGUUCGCUCUCGGGAGAACAGGAGGAACCGUGAGCCUCCGCAGCGCUUCAGGCGCAGGGAUGAUGGCCCGAGGCCAGGACAAGGGGGCCCACCACGCCCAGGUGGUGGUGCACCUCCCGCAGCUGCUGCUGCCGCUCCUCGCACCUAAGUUCAGGAAUGUGUUUUCAGGACUUAGAUUUCGUCACCGAUGGGAUAAUAGACUAUUCUCUUUUGAGAAAGCAACGUUGCUGUAUCCAGUUGAUGUUAAAUUUUCUUUGGCACUAUUUGUGGUUUGGUCUAUAUUUUCACAAUCACCGUGUUAGUGUUUUGCCUGAAUACUUCUAUAAUGUGAUGUGGAACUGUUGGAUGCUGUCAGAUGCAAAUGCAUUUAGUAUCGUAUUUGCUGUU